AUGGCAAGUCCGACUACCGGCUACUCCAUAAAUGUUAAUGAUCCAAGCCUGAUUUCGCUGGUCAACAAGCUCCAGGAUGUGUUCUCUACAGUUGGCGUACACAACCCAAUCGACUUGCCCCAGAUUGCUGUCGUUGGAUCACAGUCAAGUGGAAAGAGCUCAGUACUAGAGAACAUUGUUGGUCGCGAUUUCCUCCCCCGUGGAUCUGGAAUCGUCACUCGCAGACCCCUUAUUCUGCAGCUGAUCAACAAACCUGCGAGCGCCCAAACAAAUGGCGACAACAAGUUGGAAACAACAGAUAGCGAGUCCAAUGUCGAUGAGUACGGCGAGUUCCUGCACAUGCCUGGCCAGAAGUACUUCGAUUUCAACAAGAUUCGGGAUGAGAUUGUUCGCGAGACAGAGACUAAGGUCGGCAAGAAUGCUGGAAUUUCGCCCGCUCCUAUCAAUCUGCGCAUCUACUCGCCCAAUGUCCUUACCUUGACCCUGGUUGAUUUGCCCGGUUUGACUAAGGUUCCUGUCGGUGACCAGCCUAAGGAUAUUGAGCGCCAAAUCAAGGAUAUGGUCCUCAAGUAUAUCAGCAAGCCCAAUGCUAUCAUCUUGGCUGUUACCUCGGCCAAUCAGGAUUUGGCCAACUCCGACGGUCUUAAGUUGGCGCGUGAGGUUGAUCCAGAGGGACAGCGCACUAUUGGUGUUUUGAGUAAGGUCGAUCUUAUGGAUGAUGGUACCGACGUUGUGGAUAUUCUCGCUGGACGGAUUAUCCCCUUGCGUCUGGGUUAUGUCCCUGUUGUCAACCGUGGUCAGCGUGAUAUUGAGAACAAGAAGCUCAUUGCUUACGCCUUGGAGAAUGAGAAGAACUUCUUUGAGAACCACAAGGCGUACAGGAACAAGGCUUCGUACUGCGGUACUCCUUAUCUUGCCCGCAAGCUGAACUUGAUCCUUAUGAUGCACAUCAAGCAGACCCUGCCCGAUAUCAAGGCCCGCAUUUCCUCCUCUCUCCAAAAGUAUACGACCGAGUUGAGCCAGCUGGGUGAUUCCAUGCUCGGUAACAGUGGAAACAUCAUUCUCAACAUCAUCACUGAGUUCAGCAAUGAAUACCGUACCGUCCUGGAAGGAAAUAACCAGGAGCUCUCUAGCAUUGAGCUUUCCGGUGGUGCCCGUAUCAGCUUCGUGUUCCACGAGCUCUACUCCAACGGUGUCAAGGCCGUUGAUCCUUUCGACCAAGUGAAGGACGUUGACAUCCGUACCAUCCUUUACAACUCAUCUGGUUCAUCUCCUGCCCUCUUCGUCGGCACGACUGCUUUCGAAUUAAUCGUCAAGCAGCAGAUCAAGCGUCUGGAAGAGCCUAGCUUGAAAUGUAUCUCACUUGUCUUUGAUGAGUUGGUUCGCAUCCUGGGCCAGCUGCUCACCAAGCAAUUAUUCCGUCGUUAUCCCAUGCUGAAGGAGAAGUUCCAUGCUGUCGUCAUUGGCUUCUUCAAGAAGUGCAUGGAACCCACUAACAAGCUGGUCAAGGACUUGAUUGCUAUGGAAGCUACUUACAUCAACACCGGUCAUCCUGAUUUCCUCAACGGACAUCGCGCUAUGUCCCUCGUCAACGAGCGUCAGCAAGCCGCUAAGCCUACUCAAGUGGAUCCUAAGACUGGCAAGCCCCUUCCUGCUCGUGCCCAGAGUCCCUCUCUGGAUACUACUGGCGAAGCUCCCAAUGGAAGCGGAUUCUUUGGUUCUUUCUGGGCCUCUAAGAACAAGAAGAAGAUGGCUGCUAUGGAGGCUCCCCCUCCUACUCUCAAGGCUUCUGCUAGCUUGUCUGAGCGGGAAUCAACCGAGGUUGAGGUUAUCAAGCUCCUCAUCACCUCCUACUUCAACAUCGUGAAGCGUACUAUGAUCGAUAUGGUUCCCAAGGCUGUCAUGUACACUCUUGUCCAAUUCACCAAGGACUCCAUGCAAGGUGAAUUGCUCGAGUACAUGUACCGUACCAACGAGCUGGAUGACCUCCUCAAGGAAAGUGACUACACUAUCCGCCGACGAAAGGAGUGUCAGCAAAUGGUUGAAAGCUUGGGUCGCGCAAGCGAAAUCGUCAGCCAGGUCCAGUAG